AUGGUGGACUUUUUGAGGGCCAAGGAAGGUCGGCUGGUGAGCCAAGGCGAGGUGAACAUUGUAACAAUUUUUAACAUGUUGCACAAUAUAUUGUUGUCAAGAGAUCUUGCUGGUUUGGAAGAAGAGGGCAUAGAGAGUGGUAUCAAAUCUCUUGUAACAACAGCCAUGGAAGUGUCUGCUGCUCAAAAUGAAUUGUUUCAGGCGGUCAGAGACACCAGUACCUGUACAAUUCAAUGGAAAAUGGCUGAGCUUGUAAAAAAUCCAGAAAAGAUGAAGCAAGUUCAUGAAGAGCUCCAAAGAGAAAUCAAGCAUAAUUUUCUGAGAGAAUCACAUCCAAUGCAGCAGCUACCUUAUCUCGAGGCCUGUGUUAAAGAAGCUCUGCAGUUGCAUCCUCCUGCACCAUUGCUACUUCCUCACCAUGCAUCGUACAAUACCUAA